UCAGGUGCUUCCAAUACGAGCGACCUCGACCAGGUCACCCCGGCAUCACCCUGGCUAACGAUCUGUCCGGAGGUACCGGGGCACCCGGUGCCGUCGGUUCCGUCGGUGGUACCUCCGUCGGCGGUGGCGGCGGCGGCGGCGGCAGCGGCGGCUCAUCCCUGCCGACGACCGCGCUCAGCCUCGACCAUCAGCAGUUCAAUAUCUUCCCGGCGAUUUUCAGCCGGCAGCUCAACUUCUCCGCCGCUGCCGCCGCAAACUGCGGCCAGAACAAGCUGAUGGACGAGCUCAGGCCGAAUCUGGGUCUGCUCGGCGUCGGUCUGGUUGAGAACGAUAGCUUCCACCUGAAUCACAAUCAGGAGAAGAGGAAGUGCAGCAGCGCCAGCUCCAACGAGCAGGACUUCGGCCUGUACGGAGUGCAUCAGGGCCUCGAGGCGAGCCCGCCGACGCCCGCCGCGACGCCUGGCAGAAGCAGCGUCGGUGCCACUACCACUGUCGGAGCAGAAGGCGCUUUUAAAAAGUUAAAGCCCGACCCCUGCGCCUCCAGCCCUCACAUUGGCCACACACCUACGACAGCCAGUUGUCCAACACCCGCCCGACGGCGACACAGAACUACCUUCACGCAGGAGCAGCUGGCGGAAUUGGAAUCAGCGUUUGCAAAAUCUCAUUAUCCGGACAUAUACUGCCGGGAGGAGCUGGCGAGGACCACCAAAUUGAAUGAGGCCAGAAUUCAGGUCUGGUUCCAGAACAGAAGAGCGAAAUACCGGAAGCAGGAGAAGCAGCUGCAGAAGGCCCUGACACCGAUUCCCGCCUGCCAAGGUGCCAUGAUGAGGAAUAUCUAUCCUGGCGCCAGCAGGGGUUAUCAACCCUAUCCCCAUCCUCACAACAGCAUAAAUGGCAUAAAUCGUUAUCCCCAGAUGGGCACGACGUCUUACCCGAGCAUGACCCAACCGUUCUCCAUGUCGCAUUCAGCGUCGAAUAUGUCGGCCGUCACCGGUAUGCGACAAGAUGCGAUGGGGAUGUCAGCGGAGGACGAGUGGUACAACAAAAGCAUCUCGGCCCUGAGAAUGAAUACAGCUCACCACCCGAACCUGGCCGCACCGAUGUUACAGUAUCAAACAUAAUUGUAAACGGAGGCGGGCGGGCAACUCGAGGGUCUCGUCAGAAGUCGGACGGCAUACUUGUGACCGAAAUCGAGAUGCCGUGAAGCGACGGUGAGGGUGGACGACGAGGAAGAGGCGGAGGAGGGGAAAUAAGAUGACGAGAUCGACGAAGCCCGAUCGAAGGACGACGUUUCGCCGUUUCGCAGACGAGAAAGAAACAAGAAAAAGGAACGGAAGAAACUAUGGAUCCGAUUUGCGUUAUGGCUAUAAUGAGCAGCUCGCGCGGCCGCGUCGACAUCCUGAUUUCGCACCGACACGUUCUCACACCUCGCUUGCAAGCGAGAGAGCUCUCUCUCUCUCUCUCUCUCUCUCUCUCUCUCACCCUCCUCUCUCUCCCUUGACAUCUCGCGACAGCACGUUGCGAAUACACGCGUGAAAGAGCCGCCAUCGAUUCGCCCUCGCAAUUCGCGAAUUGCUCGGUCGCGUGUCGGUCGAUCGUGUGCGAGAGAAGCCACCAGCAAUCGAGAAAUUUUGCAAUCGGAAUUUUGCAAUACUCACGACUGAAUUCUCGCUUAUUCGCAGUGAUUCCCAUGACCGAUGCAGAGCGCAGUCACGACGAAUGAGACGGAAAAUAAGCGAAUCGUGCGCCAAAAUCGUAGGACAGUCGGGAGAGAAGGAAUGAGAAAGAGAGAGAAAGAGAGAGAGAGAGAGAAAAAAAGAGAAUGAGAAAGUACGCGAUUCCCCGAGUGCAACUUGCACCCGGAUUCGCGGACAACGAGAGUCGUGCGAUUACAGAACGUCUGUACAGAAUGUGUAAGGGCGCCUCACACGAGAGAGAUUUGUCCGCGAGAUUCGUAUAUUUUCUAACGUGUAACGGGUGUCCGCUCUUUUCGCGACCGCGAGUUCUUCUCAGUUUCGAGGAACGUAAGAACGCGCGCAAGCAUCACGUAAAAACACACACACACACACACACACAUACACACGAGUGCAAAUACAUACAAACAACCCUAUAUACAGCCCAGUCGGACCAUGGAUACGCAAUCUCGCGCGCGACGCUUCGUUAGUCUACUCAACAACGAUUCAUGCCGUUUUCGUUAAUCGGUGGGCGAAGGGGACGGGACUGUGUAAAUAAGGGGUGCGGAGAUAUAGAUACAUAGAGGAGCGUAAUCGGCAGAUACUCUAGCAUAUGCGAUUUUUCAAUGUCCUUUUAAAAGAGUGUAAGCAUACCCUUAGUGAAUGAUAUUAGGCAUUGAUUUGUGUGCUUAUGUUGACCACGAUUUUGAAUAAACAGGAAACGGGAGGAGACGCGGAGGGAACGCGGUGACGGUGUGAUGGGUAGUGUGGUAGUGAUGAUGGCAGUGGUGAUGGUGGUGGUAUCUGAGACAGUGUCUUGCGUUCGAAAUUUGAGGGGCGCCAGGGUUUCUCCCCAUCGCGCGACGCUUGGCCCGUCGACACUCACCCCCUUUGAUCCACGCGGAUUAGAAAGUCGUCGCGUGCGAAUUAACAUAAGAAAGAGAGAGAGAGAGAGAGAGAGAGAGAGAGAGAGAGAGAGAAAGAGUUAUGAUUAUUAUUAUUAUUAUUAUCUAUAUCGCAUCCCCGUUCCAUCAUGAUUGAGACAUGAGAAAAAGAUUCGGUUCUUGCCGCGCGCGUCUCAUCUCGCGUGUGAGAGCGUGUGAACGCGAGAUGAAACCGAGUAUAUGUUGAGAGACUUAGAGAUAUUAUCUAAACUUGUAUAUGUGCGUGUAUGUGUGUGUAUCACGAGAAUGAGCGAGGUGUCGUAAACGAAGUUACUCACACACACACGCACACACACAUAUACAGAGAGAGGGAGAGAGAGAGACAGACAGGAAUUACCAUUGUGGGAGCGACGUCGAUUAACAAUUACCGACACUGUGCUCGUGCGAAUCCUUCUUCGGGACUUUUACACACUUCUUGGUCCACGUCGUUCUUUUCCAAGACGGAGAUGUGAUACGCGUAACGUGUUAGCGUAUCGACGUGUCGACGAAACGAGUCCACCGCGAGUCACUAUGUGUCGUAUUAGACAGGAUUUACGCAGGACCAUUGUCGCUCUCGUCGACACGUCCGUACGAUAUGCUUAUGCACUUGUGUAAAUUUGUGUGCGAUAGCCUUGCUCAAGCCUGUUUCACACUGGGAAAGUAUCCGACGCCAAGUAGAGCCGGUCAAGCGACAAAUUGCAGCGAAGAGUAUUAUCUUAUAAGACGAGCGAACGAGACUUCCUUCGCUCUACUGGUCCAGCUAGUAUUCUCAAGUGUCACAGAGUUAAAAUUGAUCGCUGGUUUUUGUAUCCACUAUAAGAUUGUCUGUGGUACACGUAGAGCUUACUGCAUUCUAGUAACAUCUGUUAGUAAAUUUAGCUAGAUAUGAGGAUUAUACAUUCAUUUGUCCCUGGUCCUCUUUUGUUGUCUACCACAGUCACUUUUAUAAGAAGGUUGACUGGCUUUAAUCCGGAUGGACGUCACUAGUCAGAGAGACUAUCUGGCUAAAUUUUACCAACAGUGGGAAUGUAAAUUCCGUCUCUGUCGUCUAUGUUGAUUAAAUGCAAAACACAUGCGAUAUUGCAAUGUUUGCUAAUUAUUUAUGCAUCUCAGCUAAUUUCUCCAGAUCAAAAUUCGCCGUGUGUAUUUCAUCCCUCGAAUUAAACGAUGAUAUCAACUU